CUCUCACUCUGAGCGUGAACACUGAGAGUGGUGUGUGUUACUCUGGGAUGUUAGCUUGACAAUGUGAUUUCUACGUAUCAUAGUGUAUACAGACAGGAUUUAGGCUGCUCGGGAUUAAUAUUUUCAAACCAAGGUCAUUACCAUCACCAGCCUGAUCAACAAGUGCCAGAUUGAUUUUUCGUCUUUCGUUCUCAUCUUUUACCACGUGACCUGGAAUCAUACCAAGAUGUGGCAUAAUAAGCAGGAAGUCAUUCCUGUAGCUCGGAUAGUGAACCUCGUUUGUAGAGCUGGGAGUUUAUUUUUAAUUUUUUGUAACCCAUUGUGAAUAACGCGUGUGUAUUGUGUAUAAACUCUAACGCCUAGUAAAGUAACAUCUAACAUCUAUUUUAUCUAAAAAUCAUUGUGAUUUUGAUCCAGGAAACGUCAGCCCAUUACAAAGUGGUAAACAAUUGUUAACUUGACGUCAUUCUUCCUGUUGUCUAAAAUUGAAAUAUUGGCUUAUUGAGCAAUUCACGUAAUGACUUCGUUGUAAAUUUGAAGGAUAUCCACAAUUAUUUUCACUCAUCAGUACAUGUGUAUAUGAAUCUAAAACUGUUCACCAAUCCCCUUGGAUAACAUGUCUGUGACGGACUCAUUUUCAUAAAGGCAGAUGAGGUAUUUGUAGUUUUCUGACAACUGCAAAAAAGGUUGUUUGUUUACCAGCUUCAUUCAGUGUGAGGUUUUUGCCCAUGGCGCAUUCUGCAACUAUGCCGACUAAAAAUGACGUCAUGUUGGACUCUUUUGAGCGGGAAAAUCCUUACUGUACCACAGAGGAUAUUAUAAGGUUUAGGAAAAGUGGUCAGGUCAAGGAAGGAAUCAAACAUUUAAAGGAAAAAUACGAUUCUGUAUCAAAAUUCGGGCCACAAACAGCAGUGAAUGGCUCUGCAACAGAAGAUCAGUCGGCGGUGAAAAGACGGGAAAAUCCUACCAUAAAAGUUACAGAAGCGGCACAGUCUUCGUCACAAAGUUACCGGCCAGUGAGUUUCACAGAGGGUGUCACUGAACAGGACAUUCUACAAGUUGAUACCUUCUUCAAAAGUCACAAAACUGAGGUGGUGGUUUGUAAUUGUCUGGCCAAUUUAUACUUCGGUAAAGUCAUGGGCGGGAAGGAUCAUUGGAAAUUUACUAUGACCGGAAUACCUGUUCUUGUACUCGACACCGGUGAGCACCAUCGAAAGAGAAGAUUACAGAUUGUGUUAGCAGAAAAAGGUACCGGCUUUGUUUUAUGGAAAAAUAAAGUAGAUCAUUUAACGGAUUAUUCCGCCCCUCAUACGAACUUCCAUACGCUUCAUCUCAUGACAGACCACACACGACUAGCAGGUCUCAGUUUCGACGACGGAGGUGCGGCGACCGAGUUCUACAACGCGCUCCAAAAGGUGACUUCCGAUCCCAGUGAUGAACUCUUCAAUAUUAGCAAAUCAAAGAAAAAGAAAAAGUCACAAAACAAAAGUAAACAAAAGUUUAAAGCUCCGAAGAAAACAGAGAUUUCACAACCAUGUUGCUUUGUACACGUUACAAAACUUGAGAAACCAUUGAACGAACUUUCGUUGGUUUCCGGUCCGAUGGGUUUCGAACAUUCUACAAAGGCUCCCGAGGAGGAGCGAGAGGAAAAUGAAAUGUCUAGUCGAGCUGGUAGCAAACUCACACUGACAAGUGACAGUACAAGUUCCGGUAUAUCGGAGGACAUUCGGUCGACUGACCAGUGACACUCCGUGGGACGUUUUUGUUAUUCAAUUGUUUGAGGUAGACAUCUGUUAUUUUAGUUGAUAUGUUUAUGGUGCUAAUUGACUCGCGUCACUACGACGUUUGCAACGUACAGUUCCAAACGACAAGCGUUUCAGUGAUACAAACUUAUGCUAAUGAUUGUUAUUUAGACGUUUUCAUACCCUUUACAAACCCAUUUCCAGCAUGCCUUGUAUAUGUUAUACGUUCAUCAAUUGUUUUCGUAUGUCCUAAUGUAGAAUACUUAUCUAACAACAUACACAAUGCAAUAUUACUGCAAAUCUAUUAUUUUCCAUGAACACUUGAAUUGAAAUUGAAAUUACGAAAUGAUACCGUUGACCAUGUUUAGAUUAUAUAUGUAUAUGGAAUUCAUUGUUCAAAACGAUACCAUCUUUAGAUUAAUUUUUCAAGAUCAGUCGAAUCUCAAAGAUACUUCAUCUGAUUGUUUAUACAAUAUAUUGAAUGAAGUUGAUUGAGUGAAAAUAUUAGAUUUGCAUAUUUAACCUGAUGUAAUACUGGUCAUUAUCAAUAGAUAUUCAGCUUUCGCCUUUCAGCGUCAUUUUGUGUAAUCGUAUGCGUAGCAGUGUUGGUCUGAGUCGGUCGUCAAGGACCAGUGUUAUCAUCAUCUAGAGUUAGAAAGGUCCCCCCAUUCCCCCAACCCCAAAUCAAAUAAACUCCGCCUAAGACGACGAAAGGUAGCAUGGCUUGUCUAAGUCAAUUCUCGGUGAUCAGACAUAGUGAAGUUGACCAGAGAAUCUAUCUCGAGGGACUCGUACAACUAAACUUUAUGUCAUUUCUGGCAAUGAUCAACACAAAUGACUCCGGUAAAAGGCAACAAAUCCCGUAACUAGAUGGUUUAACUGACAAAGUCUUCAGAUGUCAUCAACCGAAGUUCACAUUUGAAAGUUAUGACCCAAACCAGGAAAGUGAACACCGCCGAGAUCCCCGAUGUGUUUCCUGUCGACGUCAUCAUAAAUCAUUAAAAGAUUAAACAAAGGGACUUCCUAUGUGUUCAUUACUGUAAAGGUCAAAGGUCACUAUUUCCGAGUGUUUUAAUGUAUUUUACUGUUUUCGAGGACGGAUUGAAUUCACCAACAAUAGAUUCCUUGACAAUAAUGAAACCUAUAGGCUUCAUGAAAAUCGAGUUCAUCUAAAAAUAAAUCAAUUUGACCUCGAAUUGUUGGCAAAAUCGCGAAUAUUUUAACCAUCGAAAAAAAAACAGUCGGGACAGCUUUUUUUUCGUUAGGUGGUUUAGUUGCGCGAGUCCUUUGGAGGUAGUCGAUCGAAUCCUGGUUUAGCUGGCUACAGUUCUGACAGGAGUGAUGUAAAUGAUCGGUUUUGGAAGGGAAGCAUUGAGGGACACGGAGUUUUAACUCAGCUUGAUUAAAACUAUUUACGUGUUUAUUGGAGUUGCAAUUUAACACUACAAUACUUAAUAAUACUUCAACUCGACAUCAAUUUGUGUCACGUUAUAACCACCAUGAAAUUGUCAUUGUUUCAAUUAAUUGUUAAACAAAUACUGUCCUUCCAAAUAUUUCCUUAACAGACAAUAAAGAAUGAUUAUAUUUUUACCUGGUACAAGGAAACUGCUUCAGCUUGUAAACUUUCCUUUAAUAAAUACUGAAUUUAG